UCUGCUCUGCCGUCCAGCCUUUUACGCCCCCGCCUCAGUCCCUGGGGCUUGGCCCCCCUCUUCCGUUCCGUCCGCUCCAAGCUGGAGAGCUUUGCUGACAUCUUCCUCACGCCCAACAAAGUCCCACGGCCCCCACCCCCAUCACCCCCCAUGAAGUUGGAGUUGAAGAUUGCCAUCUCAGAGGCUGAGCAGUCCAGGGCUGUUGAGGACACUGCGUCUGUCAGCCCCCGGCCCCCUAUCCGCCAGUGGCGAGCCCAAGACCACAACCCCCCAGCACCUCUCUCUAAGCCCUCUCUGGGCCGAAGCCACUCCUGCCCUGAUCUGGGACCUCCUGGCCCAGAUGCCUGCAGCUGGCCCCCUGCUCCCCAUCACCCAAGCCGAUCACGGCCCCGGUGGCACACCGUGGGUGGUGGAGAGACGGCCCGACCCCCACCACCCCCUCGGCCCUGUCUCCGGAAAGAGGUCUUCCCUCUUGGAGGAGUGGGAGGCUCUCCUACCCUUGUCACAACUUGCUCGUCCACCGCAUCUUCCUCCUCCUUCUCUGAACCUGCAGAACCCAGGUUGGGCUCAACCAAAGGGAAGGAGCCAAGGGCCUCAGAGGACCAGGUGCUUUCAGACCCGGAGACCAAGACCAUGGGAAAGGUUUCUCGAUUCAGAAUACGCAGGACACCAGCCCGUGCUCAGCUAAACCUUACACCAAUGGGGCUGCCUCGACCAAUCAGGUUGAACAAGAAGGAGUUCAGCUUAGAAGAAAUUUAUACCAACAAGAAUUAUCAGUCGCCUACAACCAGGAGGACCUUUGAGACCAUCUUUGAGGAACCCCGGGAGCGCAAUGGGACUUUGAUUUUCACCAGCUCAAAGAAGCUUCGGCGGGCUGUAGAAUUUCGGGACAGCAGCCUUCCUCGAUCCCGGCGGCCUCGUGGGGUGCGGGCUGCAGGUGGCAGGACCCUCACCCCCAGCCUGCCCCCCAGCCCAUAUUAG